ACCAAAAAAUAGAAAUAACGCAUCUGGUGUUAAAAUUGAAAGCGUAUAGGAAGCAUUUCUUCUACCGUCUUUCAAUGUCUCAUUUUGGGUUUUAUCUUUUCCUCUCCGUCCGUAUCAAUGGCCGUAUCAACCUUUUUCAAUCUCUCUCUUUUUCCUCUUAGCAUUUUCCAAUUUUCCCUCCGUAUCAAGCUCUGAGAGUUUUUCAAUUUUCCUUUGACCAAUUUAGCUUUGACUUCGAACUGAAACCAUUGCAGUGGACACUUGGGAAUUUUGUUUGCUCUGAGAAUUUUCCAAAAUCUGGAUAAGGAUCGAGAUUCUUCAGGUUUUCUUUCUUUUUAUUAGUUUCUAGUACUGCUGCUGCUGCAAAAAAGAAAGCUGAUCAUCUGAUGGCGGAGGUUGAAGCAGUGAUCAAAGGUGAUGCGCCUGUGUCUGUGCCUGUGCCGCUGCCUGUGGUACCUGAAGGUGAUGUGACUGCAGCAAUUGUCAAUGCUACAGAAACAAGUGAGACCAGAAUGAACGGUUCAAGCCAAACAUUCAAUGGGGUCUUGGAAGCAGGUCAAGGUAGAACAGGUGUUUCAGGCCAAGCAUCCAAGAAGGAAAGCGAAAGCAGCCAAGCCAUCUUGCCCUGGGUCAUAUUCGGGGCGGUGGCAGUUGGCGUGGCUGCUGCGGCUACCAUCUAUGGGGCUGUUGUUUUCGCUAAAAAGAGCAGUGAGACUCUUGAAAGUGCUGAUAAGCUCUUCAAGAGUCUCACUGCCUUGGCUAAAAAAUGGGCAGCCGCGCCUCCUGCUGAUGUCCACAUUGACAAAGUACUUGUCAAUGUGGACCACACGCGGUAAAAGCGGUGCUAAUUGGACACUGCAAAGUUUCACUUCUUAAUGUACUGUUUACAUAUGCUGCAAAAUCUUUGAGGUUAUAUUUUUGCAGUUUUAUUAAGCAAUCAAAAUAGUAGAUUGCUGAGAUCAUUAAGACAGUUUGAUACACCAUUUUGUCCGCAGGUGCUAUCCGGAAUAUAUGAUUCCUAUUUGGUUGUACUACCUUGUGAGUAGUACAGAAAGAUCGGAAUACCAGUGACUUAAAAAAUUUUAUUCUUCGAUUC